GGACAGAGUUUAGAUUCAUAACUUCAUGUUUAAAUGUAACUUUAACGUAUUGUCUGUAACCGCAGAGUUGUUACUGUAAUGAUUAAAUGAGACAAAAGCUUGUUAAAUAGUAAAAUAUUUAAGUCAAAAACUGAAUUAAAACGUAUUAGCAAGACCAGCUGCCGUGGUGACGUCAUCAAGUCAGCUGCUGUUCCAAUUGCGGAAAUAUCCGUUCUCUGUUCUCCCGAACCUGCGAGUCAGGACUCCAGAGUCUAUUCUUGCGGGAACGCAAGUCCGUUCUCGGUUCUCCAGAAUCUGCGAGUCACGUCUCACUCAUGGAUGACUCACGAGUCGCGAGGCUUUUAGUGUGGACUACAUCCAUCCUGAGCACAGUUGUAGAAGCUCACCAGUUGAUUGGAGGAAACGUGACCGCGGUGCAAGGAGGGACGGCCAUCUUGCCAUGCAAACUCAUCAACGCUAAAGACUCCCUCACCUAUAUCGCAUGGAGGAAGGAACCUAAUUGGGACAAUUUCAUUUUGUUUAUGUAUAUUAUUGGAAUGAAAUUCGACAACGGAGUGGAUAAACGAUUUGAAUUUUUUGGAGACCUUAGUGACUACAAUGGAUCAUUACGGUUUUCCAACAUCACUUUGAGAGAUGAAGGCACCUACACCUGCAUCUUCAGUUUGUUCCCCACCGGAAAUGUUAAGACGGAGAUACAUUUAAACUUGCUUGUGCCUCCGGUCACAAGCCUUGAGGAUAAUCGUCCUAUUUUGGGUAAUGAAGAAGUUCCCCUUGUUACGUGCAAAGCAGCUGGUUCCAAGCCUGCUGCAGAGGUUCGGUGGCUCAAAGGUACUUUGGGAAAAAAAGUGAGGGAAACAACUAAUGUCACCCGUCAUGACAACGGUACGACAACCACAGUCAGCUCGCUGUCUGGGGUGCCGAGCAGAGAAAUGCACGGUCACUUUAUUGAGUGUAUCGUCAGUAAUGCAGCCCUGUCACAAGAGGAGAGGCUGCCUUUCAACAUCCAGAUCUACUUCUCACCCAUUGAAGUGAAAAUCAGCAAGAAAUCGGAGGAUGCCUUUGAAUGUGUGACUGAAGCCAACCCACAUGCAGAUAUUACCUGGAGCAGAUCUGACCAUUCUAGGCUUCAGUCUACCGUCAGAGUAGAGGGUGCUACGCUACGGUUUGGGAGCAUGACCUCUGACCUGAAUGGCCUCUACCGGUGUGAAGUAUCUAACCCAUAUGGAAAAAAACACAGUUACAUUGAUGUGCAUGUGACUUCUGGUGAGGUCAAGUUUAAUUUGGAAUUGAUUUUUUGUCAAAAGUGUCAGUGUCUUCUUUUUUUGUUCGGUUUGUGUGUAGAACUCGGAUUCUGUUUUCAUUUUUUGUGUCUAAUAGAGAAAGGGACAUUGCAGCUAAAUAAUUAAUGGAGGUAAACCUAUGCGCUCUUAUGGACAUGGACAUUCUGGAGAAUUUAAUUUUAAUCCGGAGAGACUUGUUGAAGUUUGAACACCGCUUUAUUAUAACAGGCAUAAAUAUUGAUAUUGCAAUGUGUUUGGGACUUGGACUCCAUCCUGCCGUAGGAUGGAACAGGGGCCAAGAUGCCGAGCCGAUGCAUAUCCCCCCCCCCCCCCCUUUGGGAGUCCAGA